AACGGCGGUGACACGGCCGGUGACACGGCAGGCUGGUGCUGUCGGAGGAGAUGACCAGCCUGCUGGUGGUGCACGGCGGCGGGCUGGCGCUCGACCUCUCCGCCGGCUUCUUGCUCUUCUUCGACGCCACGCGGCCGCUCGCCCUCGUCUUCGUCACCUACUUCCACGCCAUGAACUCGCAGCUCUUCAGCAUCGGGAUGUUCUCCUACACCAUGCUGGCCAGCAGCGGGCUCUUCUGCGACGCCGCCUGGCCCCGGCGCCUCUGCGCCCGCUGCCCGCGGUGGCUGCGGGGGGGGCUGCCCAGCACCGAGCCCCCCCAGCGCAGCCCCGAUUGUCACUACGGGGGGGGCCGGGGGAGGCUUCGCGGCCGGCAGCACCUGGCGGCCGCCUUCACGCUGCUCUACGUGGCGGAGCAGCUCUUCCUGCCCUACUCCCACUUCAUCACCCAGGUGGGGGCGAUGACCAGCCUGCUGGUGGUGCACGGCGGCGGGCUGGCGCUCGACCUCUCCGCCGGCUUCUUGCUCUUCUUCGACGCCACGCGGCCGCUCGCCCUCGUCUUCGUCACCUACUUCCACGCCAUGAACUCGCAGCUCUUCAGCAUCG